AGAUAGUUGAUUGUUAUAGACUAAGUCUUACAGAUAUCCAUCCUGAAUUCAUUUUUUGUCAUAUGUUUACUCAGGUAACAGCGAAGGCAGUCUACGAAGCCAUUGCCAAGUAUAAAGUGACUCAUUUUUGUGCAGCACCAGUGGUUCUUAACACAAUAAUCAAUGCCCCACCUGAGGAAACCAUACUUCCUCUCCCGCAUGUUGUGCAUGUGAAUACAGCUGGGGCUGCUCCUCCUCCUUCUGUUCUUUUUGGAAUGUCUGAACGAGGAUUUCGUGUCACACACACUUAUGGUCUCUCUGAAACCUAUGGCCCCUCCGUCUAUUGUGCCUGGAAACCAGAAUGGCAUUCACUUCCUCCUGAACGCCAAGCCCAGCUCAAUGCAAGACAAGGGGUUAGGUACAUUGGCUUGGAAAACUUGGAAGUGGUGAACACAAAAACCAUGCAACCUGUUCCUGCUGAUGGCAAAACUGUAGGUGAGAUUGUUAUGAGGGGCAAUUCUGUGAUGAAAGGGUACUUAAAGAACCCUAAAGCUAAUGAGGAGACCUUCGCAAAUGGAUGGUUUCAUUCUGGGGAUCUUGCUGUGAAACAUCCAGAUGGGUAUAUAGAAAUUAAAGACAGAUCAAAGGACAUCAUCAUCUCUGGUGCUGAAAAUAUCAGCAGUGUGGAGGUAGAGAACUCUCUUUAUUCGCAUCCUGCAAUACUGGAAGCAGCAGUGGUUGCAAGGGCAGAUGAGAAAUGGGGUGAGUCUCCUUGUGCUUUUGUCACAUUAAAGCCAGGAGUGGAUGAUAGUAACGAACAACGUAUAGCUGAGGAUAUAUUAAGGUUCUGCAAGGCAAAGAUGCCUGCUUAUUGGGUUCCAAAAUCCUUUGUGUUUGGACCCUUACCUAAAACGGCUACUGGGAAGAUACAGAAGCACUUACUAAGGGCAAAGGCAAAAGAGAUGGGACCUGUUAAGAUGAGCAAGUUAUAAAUGAUCAUGACGAAAAAAGGUGCCAGUUAUUUCAAUUUGUGAUUAGGAUUCUGCUUGCUUGUUAGUCCAAGUUGUUAUCUAUAAUGAUAUAUAUAUAUAUAUAUAUAUAUAUAUAUAUAUAUCAGAAAGCUUUUAUCUAUGUUUCAAAAGUGGUUAAUGAGACAGUGUCACUAGUGCAUUUUGAAGUCAAUAAAUCCAUUUUUGCUUCAA